GUCAACGCGCGUCGCAGACGGGGAGUAUAUAACCGACGCAUCGCGUAAUGACCGUGCUCUCUAACUCCUCCGCCUGCUGCUCGUUCUUUGUCCUCCGCUCUAGUCUUUUGUAUCUCCUCAACCCUUCCGGUCCUUACUGACGGUCUGAAACCUUACAAUGGCACACUCCACAUCCGCAUCCUCCAUCUCUCAUGUCACCGCUGUCCCCGGCACCCAGUGUUCCGCCUCAUUCACUCACGACCUCGAAGUCCAAACAAUCGUCGGCGCACACAGGUCAAUACACAUACUCCCCAGCAAUCCCGCUGCUACCACCGUUUACGGAACAUGGGGACCUGCAUCCAACCAACCCGCUUCCGGACCCUCCACGGGCGUCGAUGGCAACCGUGAAUCGCGGACCAUCGCCGGCACCCGUACACUCGAACGCGUCCUCGACCUCACCUCGGCGCGCUUCAUCACGCACCCUCGCACCCUCAGCGCGUCUUCGCGCCCUUAUAACUACAGCUCACUCCUGACUACGGAAGAGGAUGACAACGACGAUGAUGCCAGUGACACACUAGGCCCACCACCGCCACCAUACUCGCCGUCUGACGCAGAACUACCCGACUACACCUCCGAGGAUCCGAACGCCCCGCUUAGGGUGACAGGCACGCUCGCUGAGCACCUCUUCAAGUUCGGCUUCUUCUUCUUCCCACUCUGGAUCGUUGGCACCGUCAUCCUAUUCUCCCCUCUGUCUGCGCCCGACGACUUCGAACCAGGGAAAACAGAGGCGGAGCGACAGCACAUCAUCGACACAAUCCGUGACGCCGAGCUCAUCUGGGCAAGGCGCUCCGCAUGCGCCGUGUUUGCGCUACUUGUGCUCGUCACGUCGGUGGCUGCAAUUUAUGUCGGCAUCGUGUACUUGUGAAGAGUGCUCAGGUUGUCGUCUUCCUUCAUGCAUCAUGGACCAAUUUCUCUAAUAUACUUGGACCUUACCUUCAUUCGCCCACUGGUUUUCAUUCGAGUUCACGCUUACAUCCCAUUAAUCGAAUCACUUUAUUACACGGACUAUCCAAACACUCUUGUAACGUCGCACGCACCAUCUAUCAAAUAAAAAACACGCAUCCAACCCGCUGC